GCCUAAAUUGGAAAUGAGCUGAGCACCCAAAGUCAGUCAAAUCCUAUGAUAAUGCUAACGUUUUCAGAGCGUAAUAUUUCAUGUGUUACACUAUGACUCAAAGCAUCAAACAACUGCAAGAGUACAUAACAUUUACUGGUUCAUUGGUUGAUAGUAACAUUUCCAUCGAAAAAGAAAGAUCAAAUCUAUAAUGGCAAGACCUGGCAACAAGAUCAUCCAUGCCAAGAUGGUACUAGUCGGGGACAUGGGAACUGGAAAAACCAGCUUGGUCCUGAGAUUUGUAAAAGGUCAAUUUUUUCAGCACCAGGAACCCACUGUUGGUGCUGCUUUCUUUACUCAGAUAUUGUCUUUGCCCGAGGCCACUUUGAAAUUUGAUAUAUGGGACACUGCUGGACAGGAAAGAUACCAUAGCUUAGCUCCAAUGUAUUACCGGGGUGCAGCAGCAGCCAUUGUUGUCUAUGACAUCACAAGCAUGGACACCUUUUUACGUGCAAAAAAGUGGGUCGAAGAAUUAAAAAGACAAGGUAAUCCGAAUCUCGUGAUGGCUUUGGUGGCAAAUAAACAAGAUUUGGAACCCAAUAGGGAGGUCAACUUUGAGGAAGGCGAGCAAUUCUCAGAAGAAAAUGGGAUGUUCUUCACAGAAACAUCAGCAAAAACUGCCCUUAAUAUCAACGAGCUCUUUUAUGAAAUGGCAAAAAAAUUGGCAAAAGCUGCGCCAUUGCAGCCAACAGGAAUACGUCUGCAAAGCAACACACAGAGUCGGAGAGCCUUUUUUUGUUGCUCCCGGUAACAUUUAUUUUGUUUCUGCUGUCAUGAGGAGCAAUCUAUUUCAACCCCUUGCUUUUGAAUAUUGAAAGCUGUUGAUCGAUGUAUUGAAGAGCCAUGCCAAAACUCGGCAUUGUUGACUGAUAAGACUUUAAUUUUGAUACAUUAUCUGAUUUUUGUUUGGUGAUGAU